GGCCUUUUCUUUGCCAAACAGAUGAGAGCAGCGAAUUACGUCACAAUGAUCGACCCUUUUCAGAUCAAGUAUGGCAACCGCAUGGGUGGAAUCCUCUUUCUAGCAGCACUAAUGGGAGAACUGCUUUGGUGCUCCGCCAUUUUAGCUGCUUUAGGAUCAACAAUCAGUGUUAUCCUUGAGCUAGAUCAGAAUAUAUCUGUCAUCAUCUCGGCCUGCAUCGCCGCGUCUUACACGCUGUUUGGUGGUCUCUACUCCGUGGCCUACACAGACAUUGUUCAACUCACCUGUAUAUUCGCCGGCUUGUGGAUUUGUCUACCGUUUGCGCUCGCCAAUGAUGCUGUUACUCCAAUAUUGGAGACUACGGAUCGCUGGCUAGGCGAAUGGGACACUAAACUGACUGGACAAUGGAUUGAUAAUACCUUACUACUAAUCUUAGGAGGAGUACCCUGGCAGGCGUAUUACCAACGAGCUCUCUCGGUCAAGUCACCCGACCACGCGCGCUACAUCUCUAUAGUUGCAGCUUUCGGAUGCGUAAUUGUCAGCAUCCCAGCAUACAUCUUGGGUGCCGUGGGCGCCAGUACAAACUGGACGUUGACAGACAUUAAUCUGAAUAAAACAGACCCAUAUGAGACACCCGGGAUCAUCCUCCCCGCUGUCAUUCAGUUCCUUACUCCGCCUUUUGUUGCUUUCCUCGGCCUGGGGGCCAUCUCAGCAGCAGUAAUGUCAUCCACCGACUCGUCCAUUCUCGCCUCGAGCUCGAUGUUCGUGAGGAACAUCUACAAGAACAUCUUCCGAACGUCAGCGUCUGAGAGAGAGAUGAGCUGGAUACUCCGGCUUGCGGUGAUUGCUGUUGCCGCCAUAGCUACCGUCAUGGCGUUGACUGUCGACUCCAUAUACGUCCUCUUCGUUCUUUGUGCAGAUUUCGUCUACGUCGUGCUCUUUCCGCAGUUAGUCUGCGUUAUCCACGUCGAGAAGUCCAACACCUACGGCUCAGCCGUAGCGUUCGUCCUCGGGCUUGCGCUCCGACUGACAGGCGGCGAGCCCGCCCUCAAGCUUCCAGUCUUAUUACGUUACCCGUACUACGACGAGGAGCUCGGUCAGUUGUUUCCUUUCCGCACCCUGGCUACCAUCGUGGCUUUCGUGUCGCUUGUCGUUAUCUCGUUCAUCACCGACAUCGUCUUUAAGAAGGGUUAUCUUCCUAAGAAAUACGACGUCUUCAAGUGCGUGGUUAAUACUGAUGUCAAGCCGAGUAUGGAGGUCAUGGUCAAAAGCAUAUCCGGUGACAUGGAAGACAAGUCUGUAGAAAAUAUCGCUAUGACCGACUUCUAGGGGUGGACAGGUCAAACUCACGAUGCAAGAUUCAACAUUCACUCACUAUUUACAUAUAUUAAAAAAGACGAUAGCAACUUCUGUCGAAAAAAUGAAAAUAGGGUUAUAUCAGCAGCCUUGUGUGUUUCCCAUUGAAUUGUGUGAAGGUGACAAUGGCCCAUUACGUAAUCUGAACAUAAUUACAAUGGGGUGUACAGUUG